GCCCCACAGGGUGGUGGAGAGGCAUCUGUGUGCCCCUGACCCCCAGGAGGGCCUUCUUCCGCUGGGGCACUCAAAGUGUUUGGUUCCCAAGGUUCUGGAUCCUUCCUUGGGGACGGUUGCGGUCUGUCUACCGAGAUUCUGCCCCGAAGGGAGUUGUCCGCCGAGACCCCACCCCCACCCUUCUCUCUGUGAUGUUUCUUUAAUCUCACAGGGUUCUCCCCAACCUGAUCCAGCGUGGGGUCUUGAAGGGCUGGGGCCUGGGCGGCUUUUUCAACUUCUGCCCUCUUCCUCGAAUGCUUUAUUUUGAAAACUUCACACCUGUAGGGAAGUGGCAAGAAUAGCACCAGGGAAACCCCGUGUGCUCCCCAGGCCCGGCCUCCCUACGUGGAUGCCGUGUGUGCUGUUCCUGCGCCGGGGCCUCCGGACACGUCUCUAGGAGCAAGGGUGCCUCCUGAGUCCCCGGGUGCAGGCCCCCCUCGGGAAGCAGAGCGUGGAGCGGUCCCCCAGCCGUCCCGAUGGCGGUCUUUACGUUUCUGGCCCCAUCUGGCUUGAGCCAGGCCUCAGGCAUCGCAUUUAGUUCCUGUCUCUCCAGGCUCCUUCCCUGUUGAUCGGUUCCUCAGCCUUUUACAAACUUGCUUCUGUCUUUCCCACGUUGAUAGUUUUGCAAAAUCUAGGCCAGGUGGGCAGCGGCCUGUCACCUCUGCCCGGGGUUCAGAUGGGGCUGAGCAUCCUCACCGGUCUGUGUAACAGGCUGUUGCAUAAGAUGUGACACCUCGUUUGCCUCUGGGCGGCUGGGUUUUGGGGACACCCAUGGAUGCACGCUGACCCAGGCAGGUUCUUCAGGUUCAUCACGCCAACCUCUGCUGCCCUAACUUCUGGUCCCCAACCCCCUGUCCUGGGCAGCAAGACCCACGUGGCUCCUGGCGUUCACGGGCCAAAGGGUGGUCCCAGGCCUCUGGAAACUGGCAGCUGAAUCUGCUGGCACAAGCUGUCCUGUGGGGCUGCUUUUCCCCCCAUCUGUCUAGCCCAGGGGCCCUGCUGUCAUGGCCCAGCCUGCCGGGUGAGAGGGUGAACCCCAGCUCCGUGGGGCAGACACUCAGAGCCCCGGUGACCUGUCUCACAGGGCUGGGGUGGCGGCUGGACAUGUGUGGCCAGCCUGGUGGGGUUUGACCCCGUCUGCAGUUUCAGUUCCAGCUGAGCAGGAGCCUCGCUGGGUUAUUUUCUCCUGGUUGUGGAAGGAUCCCUGGCGUCAUUUUACAGAAACAUAGAUGGUGUGUUCUUUCUCUGAUUUCUCCCUGCUUCCUGUCCUCCCUCUCUCUCCCUCUCUCCCUCUGCCUCUCUCCUUCCCCCUCUCCUUCCCUCCCUCCCUCCCCCAUCCUUCCCUCUCCCUCCAUUCCCCUCCCUCCCUCCCUCCCUCUCCCCCUCUCCCCCUCUCCCCCUCUCCCUCCCUUCCUCUCUCCAUCUCCCUCUCCCUCUCCCUCCCUCCCUCUCUUGAGAGAGUCAUAUACAAACGUAACACUUUGGUUUCUUUCCCUAAAUCUCAGUCCUAAGGCAGUUUCCUCUAGGCGUCUUCUCUGUAAAGGCGCCAUUCUCCGUUCAUAGUCAAUCGCUUCUCCAGAGAAGCUUGGAGGUUGGCUCCUCUCAUUUGUUUUCACCCACUAGUUCUGUGUAAUCUCUUAGUUUGUAUCUUCUUGUAAGUCAGAACUCACCCCCCCUGCCCUGCCCCGUCACCCAGUACUUGCCGACCAAUGUCUUUGUAUCUGUGGGCUUCCAGGUCCUGGUCUUUCUGGCGGGGUACGGUCCCCUGCUGUCAUCACUUACUUAGAUGCUCAUUGUCCCAAUGUGGCCUCGAGGAGCCCCUUCAAGUGGACGUGUCCCUGUGAUUCUUCAAGUACCUGCUAUUUGACACGGGGUGGGCCGGGCUCACUUUGUCCUCUCCCUGGCCCAGCCCGGCCUGGCCCUGGCAGGAUAGUCAGAACUAAGGUCUGGCUGCUGGGUGUGCUCCCAGAUGCUGGGAGCUAUCGCUUCUAGGCCCCCUCAGCUGACAAGAGCUGUGUGCACACACACGCGCCGCCACACACCCAUGAGUGCCUACCGGUGCCUUCAGCUCAGGUCGAGCACCUUAGGUUCGCCUCGUGGCGCCCCUUCCAUGCUUUCACCACCUUGCCCAACAGUGAGAACCGGCUCCUGGAUGAGCGUGAGGCUGAGAGAGAGUCACAGGGUCUUACGGUCCCAGUAGGGAGGAAGAGCCGGUUCAGGGCGAGGGCGGCUCUCCCUAAGCUGUUUCUUGUUGGGUUAGGGUUAGAGUCACGGGCACACCUGUCGGGGCCCGCCGAGACGACCCACCUGAGGGGGAUCCUCUGGGGUUCCUCCACCCCUCCCUCAGCUCCCAGGCCCCAGGGCUGAGCUGGGUGGCGAGGGUUCCGAGUGAACUGGCCUCUGAGGUCGGAGCCGGGGCAUGAGGGGCGGUGGCCUUGCAUCGCCCAGGCUGUGAGACACAGGUCCCUGGAGGUUUUAGUCUGAGGGCGAUGCACCCAGGUCUCCACGCUAGGAGGACAGGCCAGGUUGGAGGCCAGCCAUUGCAGCACUGCUGGCAGCUGGGAUGGGGUGGGGGCACCGCCCAGUCAGGGCUGCCUGGCGGUUUCUGCCUUCCACUGGUGCCAUCCACCCAGAAAGGACACAGAAGAGACGGCAGCCCAUGCCAUCCCGGGGUGGACGCCGUCCCGGGCUGGAGCCUAUCCCGGGGUGGAUGCUGUCCCAGCCUGGAGCCUGUCCCGGGGUGGACACUGUCUUUCGGUGCAGGCUGGCCUGGGUGGAGCUGAACAUAGCUUUUCCUCCCCGAGGGCAUCCUGAUGAGGAGAGCAGCAGCUGUCUGAGGCGGGAGAGCCCUCGACUUGGCUCCUUUGGGUGCAGAGGAGGGCUCCCUGAGGAUUUCCUGAACUCGCUGGAGAAGACCGAGGACGAGAAGUUGAAGGUCACCCUCAAGUACCCGCACUACUUCCCCCUCCUGAAGAAGUGCCACGUGCCCGAGACCAGGAGGAAGGCGGAGGAGGCCUUCAACUGUCGGUGCAAGGAGGAGAACUGCGCGAUCCUCGGGGAGCUGGUGAGCCUGCGGGCGCAGAAGUCCCGCCUGCUGGGGUUUAGCACGCAUGCCGACUACGUGCUGGAGAUGAACAUGGCCAAGACCAGCCAGGUGGUGGCCACUUUCCUAGAUGAGCUGGCCCAGAAGCUGAAGCCCCUCGGGGAGCAGGAGCGGGCCGUGAUCCUGGAGCUGAAGAAGGCCGAGUGCGAGAGGCGGGGCCUGCACUUUGACGGGCGCAUCAACGCCUGGGACCUGCGCUACUACAUGAACCAGGUGGAGGAGACGCGCUACCGCGUGGACCAGAACCUGCUCAAGGAGUACUUCCCCAUGCAGGUGGUCACGCGCGGGCUGCUGGGCAUCUACCAGGAGCUGCUGGGGCUGACCUUCGACCUGGAGGAGGGCGCCACCGUGUGGCACGAAGACGUGACGCUCUACGCGGUCCGGGACGCGGCCUCGGGCAAGGUCAUCGGCAAGUUCUACCUGGACCUGUACCCUCGGGAAGGGAAGUACGGGCAUGCGGCCUGCUUCGGUCUGCAGCCAGGCUGCCUGCGGCAGGACGGGAGCCGCCAGAUCGCCAUCGCAGCCAUGGUGGCCAACUUCACCAAGCCCACGGCCGACGCGCCCUCCCUGCUGCAGCACGAUGAGGUGGAGACCUACUUCCACGAGUUUGGGCACGUGAUGCACCAGCUCUGCUCCCAGGCCGAGUUCGCCAUGUUCAGCGGGACACACGUGGAGCGGGACUUCGUGGAGGCACCUUCGCAGAUGCUGGAGAACUGGGUGUGGGAGGUGGAGCCGCUGCUCAGGAUGUCCCAGCACUACCGCACGGGCAGCGCCGUCCCCCAGGAGCUGCUGGACAAACUCAUCAAGUCCCGGCAGGCCAACACAGGCCUCUUCAACCUGCGCCAGAUCGUCCUGGCCAAGGUGGACCAGGCCCUGCACACGCAGACACCCGCAGACCCGGCCCAGGAGUAUGCCCGCCUCUCCCAGGAGAUCCUCGGGGUCCCAGCCACGCCAGGGACCAACAUGCCUGCGACCUUCGGCCACCUGGCAGGCGGCUACGAUGCCCAGUACUAUGGCUACCUGUGGAGCGAGGUGUACUCCGCGGACAUGUUCCACACACGCUUCAAGCAGGAGGGCGUCCUGAGUGGCAAGGUGGGCAUGGACUACAGAAGCUGCAUCCUGAGGCCGGGCGGCUCCGAGGACGCCAGCGUCAUGUUAAGGCUCUUCCUGGGUCGGGACCCCAAGCAGGACGCCUUCCUCCUGAGCAAAGGGCUGCAGGUUGAGGGCUGCGAGCCGCCGGCCUGCUGACGGCACGGGGUUCUGCCCACCCCAGCGGGCCAGGUGCCUUAGCGCCCCGCCGGGGCGGGGGAGGGGCCGCGUGUCCCCCCAGCCCCUGAGUCCCUGGCGGCCGGCCUGGGCCAAAAGUCUCCACCUGGACGUGUCUGGAGAGCCUGGCGUCAAGGCUCCCCCUUGUUGCACUAAUGCAGCCCCUUCCUGGGGAGCUUCCCUGGUUAAAACACGGUUCUUUGAAACGCAGCCAUUAAAAACAAGACUCCA